AUGCAAGAGCGAAAUAAAUCUAUUAAUUCAGAAAUGAGAUUUCGCCAUUACAGUUAUCCGGGUGCAAUCCUUACCACCCAAGGACCAUUUGACUUGAAUGUUGAGGAAAUGCUUUCAAAACCUGUAAUACAUAUACGAAGAACUUCUAAUGAUUCGAUUGCAUCAAAUGAUUCCGGUGUUGGAUUUAUGAAAGCUGAUUAUGAAAUACAAAAGGCUAUCCGAGCGCAAAGGGUCCAACGACCACAUAUUAUUGUUUUGCAAAAGGGAAAGCUCUUAUACCAAAAUCAUGAGGAUGCCGAUGCUAAUUUAGUGCUAAACGCCGCGAUAGCAUCAAAAAAACAUAGAAGAGAGAUAGCUGUUAUGCAGAAACGUACUACCCUAAUUUUAGAACCUGAAAUUUUAAAUGAAACUACUUUUAAUGAACAAGAACAUGAUAACACUAAUAAAACUGAGGCGCAAAUGAUGAUGGAAGUUGAUGACACAAGUAAUGAUGAUACAUUAAUGGACAUUGUUACCGUUGAAUCCAUUGAACAACAAAGAAUCGAUGCUCCGAUUCUAGGAAAAACAAACAAUACUCGAUUAAGAAAAAAUUCUAUGUUCAGAAAUAAUGUUUCAACAUUAAAAAAGGCUAAAGCUCGAAAUUUUAAGAAAUUAUAA